AUGUGCUUCAAGUAUCAACUUCAAAAAAAAGACUUGAGACCUCACUGGAAUGAUCAAGUAAAGGAAUGGUCUCUGAAGUUGUGGUUACCCAUCAUGACUGACCCUGCAGAUACACAUUUGACCUCAUCAAAUAUAUGCUCUUAUAACACUCUACAAAAUUCAUGGUUCUCUUCAACAAAUCAAGCUCCACCAAAACAUGAAUUAUAA